AUGCAGCACAGACGACAGGAAGAGGAAUACCUCCAGUCAUUUCAAAAUCCAACCUAUCAGACAAGUGAGUUUCUUGAAUUGACUUCCUUUUAUUCGUCGAGUCAUUAUGAUUAA